AUGUCUCGCACACCGCUUCGAUAUUCCCCUACACGUCGUCGUCAAAACGAGCGCAAAGCGAGCGAAAGGCAACUUUUGGAAAUCUCCUCGGACGAGGAGCGUUUGAUUGAAUGUUUCUUGCGCGCGAGAAGCAUUCGCGAGACGAGCGGAGACGAAGACGACGAGAAGCGGCUGCCCCGCAAAGAACAACGAGAACACGAUGAGCAAAAGCUUCGCGACAACAACAUUAAACAGUUUUCAUUCAUUCACAACGCGCUCGAAGGCAUCGCGGCGUUCGAUUCCGUCCGGGACGAAGAAGAUCGCAUGCGAUUGUUUGAAGCGUUCGUGCCUUUGCGAUACGAGAGAAACGAGUGCGUGGUGAGACAAGGCGAUGUUGGGAGGAAUUUUUACGUCAUCGCGGAUGGAACGUGCGAGGUUAUCGUGAGACGAAGAGAGGGAGAGGAAGAGAUGGGGAGCGAGUACGACGAUUCAGAGGACGAGGAAGAUGUGUAUGCGAGCACAGAAGGAGAAGAAAAAGAGAAGGAGGAUGAUUUAAAAAUAGACGAAGCCGCAGCGAUCGACCAAUCGACGAGAGGAGAAAGGAAAGUAAAAGUAAUAAAGAGGAAAGAAAUCGGCAGCGGACAAACGUUUGGUGAAGUCGCGUUGUUGAACCCAAACGAACCGAUUCGGUCGGCGUCUGUGUUUGCGAAAUCGAACAGAGUGACGCUGUGGGCGAUCGACUCGAAGACGUUUGGUGACAUCUUGCGCGCGACGGCGUUCGAGAAGAGAGCGAGAAACGCGAGGACGUUGGAGAACGUGAAGAUUUUCGCGAAGAUGUUGGACGAUUACGAAAUGUCUCUGUUAGCGGACGCGUUGAGUGAAGAAACUGUGUUUGAGAAAGGCGAGAUGCUUUUGAAUCGAGACGACGAAACGGCCGCGAAGAGGAUGUAUUUUCUUUGUCGAGGGGAGUGCGAGGUGAGAGUUUUUAACGCUCCUCCUGAACGGCAAGACAUACAUUGCGCGAGGACGGUAAGAAAAGUGCUCAAACCUGGCUCGUAUUUCGGCGAGUUGAGCUUACUGAGAGGCACCCCACCAACCGCGGAUGUCGUCGCCACGAGUGAUAUCGUCAAAGUUCAAUGGCUCGAUCGAGGCGCAUUUCGUAGGUAUGUGCGAGCCGAUAUCGUAGAGGCGUUGGAGAAGCACGCGAGCGGAUAUUGUAUGGAAUCAAAUAAUGACGACAAGGAUGAUGAUGAUAAGAACUCCGCAAUACAUUUCAAGAAAAUGGCGAGCGUUGAGGACUAUCGCUCGAUACAGAAUUUGACGGCAGCGCCGGAGUCGUCGAUUCGCGAUGAACGCAACAACAACGUUAUCGCUACUACGCUCAGUCCUGCUCAUAAUCGUCAUCGGCAUUUAACCGUAACGAAUUCGGUCAAAUUGGCAUUGAAAUCACUCUCAAGACGUCUGAGAGGAGAGAGAAAGUCCUCUUCUUCGUCGUCGUCCUCUUCGGCGACUAUCGUUCAAGCGCGCGGUGGCGAAACCUUUCUUUCUUCGCGAAUCGAAGAUACGCGGAGGCGAGGAGGAAAAGAUUUUGAAGCCACGUGCGAAACAUCAUCGUCGCACCUGCCGAAAGUUUCGAAGCGCAAGCACCUCACAUUCCACAAACAACUCGGCGUCGGAAUGACCGCUACCGUCUUUCUCUGCAAAACAUCCGACCAAAAUAAACUUCCGUGUUGCGUCAAAGUCAUGCGCAAAAAGACGCUCCGAGAUCUCGAUCAAAUCGCCAACGUCACUCGCGAACGAGAGUUACUGAGAUCCUUCCCGAAUCAGCAGUUUGUGAUGCAAGCGUUGUGUUCGUUUCAAGACGAUCACUUCGCGUAUUUAGUGAUGGAACACAUGAGCGGUGGAGAUUUGUUUCAGUUAUUGGUGAAAGGACCGUUUUCAUCGAGCGGUGCGCAGAAGACUGGCGUUGGUGAAGAUGAUGCAAAGAUGAUACAAGCUGUGUCUAUCGAUCCGCAUUGCAACACCAUUGCAAAGAAUAGCCAUUUUGGUGGAGAGGCGUCAUCAGGUGGUGUUUCAGGUGGGCUCCCACUUCCGCUCGCUAAAUUCUACGUCGCCGAAGUCUCGUGCGCGCUUCAAUUCCUCCACCAGCGCAACUACAUCUACCGAGAUUUGAAACCAGAAAACGUGUUAAUCGACCGUUUUGGUCACUGUAAACUGUGUGAUUUAGGCUUUACUAAGCAAAUCAAUCCGUCGUACGAUAGGUGUUAUACCACGUGCGGCACAGCAGAUUACAUGGCGCCGGAAGUCACUCUGCGCAAAGGCUACGCGUUCGCCGUGGACGUCUGGGCCGUAGGGGUUUUGUUGUACGAGUUAUUGACUGGGAAAGCGCCGUUUGCGGCGAAAACGGACGGAGAAAGGCACCAGAGGAUCACGAGAGGCGACGUCCGGUUCCCAAAAACGUUUAAUCUGGAGGCUAAAGAUAUCGUCUCGAAGCUGUUGAUUGUCGAUCCGAGUCGGCGGAUGACGUUUGAUAACGACGGUGGUGCGAAUCGUCGAAACGACGCGAAAGAGGAAGAUGACGAGGAGACCAACGACGAAUAUUACCAACGGACGACGUUCGAGAACCAUCCGUUCUGGGCACCGCUCGAUUGGGAGGAAGUUAAAACGAAGAAAAUGAAACCGCCGUUUCGACCGAGAGCGAGGCCGGAAAAAGAGCUCUUUCGCAAGUAUCCUCCCUUCGACGUCGUCGUCGUUGUCCUCCUCCUCCUGUAA